AUGGGUGACGAGUACCCAAGUCUUCUCCGGUCGGAGGAGAUGAGCUUGGUGCAGCUCUUUGUGCCAACGGAGGUUGCCCAUGACACUGUCUACGAGCUAGGAGAGCUCGGAAACGUCCAAUUCAAAGAUUUGAACCCGAAUGUCAACCCCUUCCAACGUUCCUUUGUCGGAGAGAUUCGGCGCGUCGACGAGAUGGGGCGACGUGUGCGCUUUUUUGCGAGCCAGAUAGCCAAGGAGAAGGAUGUUGUUCCCAUUCGCUCUCUGUUGGAGUGCGCCCCGCUUGUAACCGUCGGCCCCCGUGCUGCGCAGACCAUUGAUGAGCUGGACCUCACUUUGGCUGAGCACGAGAAGAGGCUAGUCAAGAUGAACGAUAGUUACCAGACCUUGAGUGAUAGGACGAGGGAGCUGGUUGAGGCGAGGUAUGUGUUGAGGGAGACGGCGGUCUUUUUCGACAAGGCGCAAGGUCAUCAAUCGGACAUUCGUUCUUCGUUCGACGAUACGACGACGCCUCUACUUCAAGAUGACCGUGAAGGUGGUUUUACUCCUGCUGGAGUGCAAUUCGAUCUAGAGUUUGUUGCCGGAACAAUUGAGCGCUCCCGUAUGCCCACCUUCGAGCGUGUCCUAUGGCGCGUCCUUCGUGGCAAUCUCUACAUGAACCACACCGACAUCCCAGAACCUUUCACCGACUCAGUUACUGGUGUCGAGACCCGCAAGGACGUCUUCAUCAUCUUCGCCCAUGGCGACGCCUUGCUUGCCAAAAUUCGGAAGGUCGCCGAGUCGAUGGGAGCAACUCUCUAUCCCAUCGACGCCAAUGCAGAUAAGCGCUCUGAGUCUCUUCGCGAGGUCUCCGACCGUCUUGAAGAUCUCCAGACGGUUUUAUAUAACACCGGUCUCAGUAGGCGUGCAGAACUUGUGAAGAUUGGCGAGCACCUCCGCAGCUGGCAGGACGUGGUCAGGAAGGAGAAACUGAUUUACGAGACUCUGAACCUCUUCAACUACGACGUUCGUAGGAAGACUCUUAUCGCGGAAGGGUGGGUGCCCACUAGGGAUAUCACUGCUAUCCAGCUGGCCUUGAGGACCGCAACGGAGGGCUCAGGAACGAGUAUCCCACCUAUCCUUCAGGAACUCAAGACGCACAAGAAGCCUCCUACUUUCCAUAGGAUCAACAAGUUUACGGAGGGCUUCCAGACUAUCAUGGACAGCUAUGGCGUCUCGGCAUACCAGGAGGUCAAUCCCGGUCUGUUCGCAGUCAUCACUUUCCCGUUUCUAUUCGCGGUCAUGUUCGGUGAUAUUGGCCAUGGAGCGAUCAUCUUCCUUGCGGCUUGUUAUAUGAUCCUUUUCGAAAGGAGGCUGGCGAAGGCUGAUCUUGGCGAGAUCAUUGGACAAUUCUACUUCGGUCGUUAUAUCAUUCUCCUCAUGGGUCUGUUCUCGAUCUACACCGGAUUCCUGUACAACGACAUUUUCUCGAAGAAUUUGCACCUCUUCCACUCAGGAUGGGAAUUCCCUGAAGGUGACGGGUCAGCAAAGACUGGGGUACUUACCAACCAUCGCUAUCCGUUUGGUAUCGACCCUGGCUGGCACGGCGCGGACAAUGCCCUCGUCUUCCUUAACUCUUACAAGAUGAAGAUGUCAAUCGUGCUGGGUGUUAUCCACAUGACGUUUGCCUUGUGCUUGCAAGUGCCAAACCAUUUCAAGUUCAAGCGGUACUCGGACCUGUACACCAACUUUAUUCCGCAGAUUAUCUUCCUGCAGUCCAUUUUCGGGUACCUCUCGGUCUGCAUCCUGUACAAGUGGUCCAUCGAUUGGACAAAGGCGACCACGCAGCCGCCCUCGCUUCUGAACAUGCUCAUCUCGAUGUUCUUGGAACCCGGUAAGGUUAACCCCGCAACGCAGUUGUAUCGUGGACAAGGCACGGUGCAACUUAUCUUAUUGGCCCUCGCUGGCAUCUGUGUCCCUUGGCUGCUCGUUACGAAGCCCUACCUUGCCUGGAAGGAGAUGCACAAAACUCAAGGUAUCAGCUUGCAAGAUGAGGAAGAAGGAAACGGACAAGCACUCCUGCAAGCCGCAGAAGAUGACGAGCAGGAGCAUCAUGAUUUCGGCGAGGUGGUGAUCCACCAGGUUAUCCAUACCAUCGAGUUCUGCCUCGGCUGUAUUUCACACACCGCAUCGUACCUCCGACUCUGGGCCUUGUCGCUCGCCCAUGCCCAGCUUUCGGAGGUGCUCUGGUCGAUGACGCUGUCGAGAGUCCUCGGGCCGACGACCGCGUUUGGGUGGAUCGCGCUGAUCAUCAUGGGCGGCUUCUGGUUCGUAUUGACGGUAUUUAUCCUGUGCGUUAUGGAGGGCUUAUCGGCAUUCUUGCACGCGCUCCGGUUGCACUGGGUCGAAGCGAACAGCAAGCACUUUGAGGGCGGAGGGCAUGGAUUUGUUCCGCUGAGCUUUGCGGCGACGCAAGAGUUCAAGGAGUGA